AUGGCUGCGGACAUUCAGAGUCGUGGGAUUACAGACACCGUAGAGAGCGCCGGAAACUCUAUCAACGAAGUGAAGACGGCAUUCUCCAGUUGGGACAAUUGCAUGGCGGUCACAUUCUGCAAGUGGCCCGUCAUUGGAGUGAUGAUAUUUGCCGGCCUCAUCAUUUUUUCUAUUUUAUGGUACGACGAGUCUUACGCACCGUACAACCAGGGAUACAAGUCACAGGCGCCGAUGGCCCCCUUUUACAACAAUGCCGGCACCACGCCUUCGCAUCAGGCGAAUUUUGGAGCACCUAUGGCCACCGGAGCUGCGGCGCCGCCUCAGUAUGCCGAAUUCGAGGUCAGCAAAUCAGGUGCCAACCCGGCAGACGCCGAUUCACUCCCCGCGAUGCCCAGCUGGGAGGGUGCGGGCUCAAAGAAGGUGGCGCUCGAGGAAGAGGUGGAGUUGGAGCAGAUGAACAAACCAGCUGCAUCACCGAAUCCAAAUGGACAGAACAUGCCUCUCAUGGCACCCAACGCCAUGUCCCACCCCAACAGCCCUAUGCCGGGCGACAGGAGUCAUUUUGGCCAAAAUCCUCAAGCUGGUCCUAGUGGUUACUUCACUAAUGCUAAUCAGCCUGCGGGCCCCUACGAGAUGGCGGGUAACGGCUACAACAACGGCGCAUAUGGACCAUCAACGUCCUCCUUCGGAAUGGACCAAGGAUACGGAAACGGAGCUGUGGCUGCAGGAGGUAUGGCGAUGCAGGGUAGAGGUACGCCACACCGAGAUUUCAGCAACGCUGGCUAUGGGCCCCAGAGGGGUCAGUCAUAUCCCCGGCCUCAACAGGACUUCGAUCAGGGUUUCGGCGACAACUACGAGCAAGGAGGCUAUGGCAUGGGCCGCCCUCCCCGUACCGGUCCCAGUCCGGCACCAAUACCCCGAAGCUUCACGGCUCCGCCUCGCGAUGGACCCAGCCCUGCACCGGCUGGAUACCGCCGCUCUCCUGGUCCUCAAAACGGUCAUCGCGGCCCUCCACCCCCUCCUAACGACUACCGACGAUCUCCCGCACCUCAAAACGACCACGGCUAUGAUCAGCAAAACCAGCAAGGCCAGUUCCUCAACGACGAUUACGGUCGUCCGCAAUACGGGGCAGGCUCGCGCCAACCUUCCUCGGAGUCGACUCGCCCUCUUCCACCCCAGCGCAGCUAUACCGGCGACCAAAACAUGUCUCCCGACCUGCAUGACUCCGGCGGCUUUGACUUUAGCUCUGGCUACAGCCGUCCGCAACAAUACAACUACAACCGCGGCCCGAGCGGUGGCAACCAACAUAUCGAUGACGAAGAAGAACAGCGACCCCCGCAAAGCAGCGGCGGCACCUACCCAGGUUACAAGGCGUAUCAGCCGACAAAGGACGGUUGGAGCGGCGUCUGA